AUGGCAUCUAUGGUCGCGUUUGUCACCGUGUUGACACUGCUGCUAGCGCACUGCACCACUCGAGCCAACCCGGUACCGGCGAAGAUUCUUGGCAAGUAUGUGCUGUCGUAUCAAUCGCCCGGCUCGCACAUUCACCUUAAUGCUCAGAACGAUCCGGACGAGAUGAACGAACUGUCCAACGGAAUCGACAGUGGUGAAAGUGAGGCAGAGUAUGUCAACCUUCAAACAGCGCCCAAACACUAUCGAUAUCGACCACAGUAUGAGGAACCGGCCGACGAUCAGUACGAUGAUCAACAGCACCAGGAGCAAGAUACAGCGGACUACGCAGAUGAUUCGGCCACUGCCAGUGCUAACCAUCAGCAUCAGUACAUGACCACGUACAAGACUGUUACCAAACAUGGCGGCGGUACACGAAAUCGCCCAAGCUAUUCCCAUGCAGACAGUGACGAGGAUGAGGAUGAGGCGGACACUAGUGCGAGUGAAGAAUCGAACGCUUACAAUGCUUACCGAGCGUAUCAGAACAAGGGCAAGAAACAUCAGAACCAUCAUUCCACCGGUAGCAGCACGGCAACUUCAUCUGGACACACCGGAACCCAUUAUCACUACGGUCAGCAUCAUCACCGUCCCAAGCAACAACAGCAACAGGAGCAGCAACAAGCUCAGCAACAGCAACAUCACUACCACCAUCAGGUGGCGUCCGCCCAUACCUCCUACCAUCCUCAGCUCAUACAGGCGUACAAAAUCCUGCACGGAGCGCCGAACCGUUUGCCCACAUCCCACGAGUACACCGACGAUGAGGGCAGCGAUGAGGAGGAGGACGAAGAUUUUCACAGCGGUGCAGCGAUCGGUGCCGCUGCCGGACUGCCGUCCGGCUAUGGAAGCCACGGUCCGCAAACCAUCCACACCAAGGGACGUGCGAUUCCGAUCAGUCAACAUGUGGAAAUUGAAACGCCUGUCCCGGUGCCGUACGUCAAGAAGAUACACGUCCCCAUCCCGCAGGAAGUGCGGGUGAAAAUUCCUCACCCCGUACUGGUGCCCGUACCACGCCCGUACCCUGUCCACAUACCGGUCGCGCAACCGAUCGCCGUACCGGACAUAAAGGAAAUUACCGUACCGAUCGAAAAGAUUGUCCCCUAUCCGGUGGAGAAAAAGAUUCCCGUGCCGAUCGAGAAACCGGUACCGUACCCGAUUGAAAAGCACGUCCCCGUCUACCUACCACAACCGAUACCGGUAAAGGUACCGAUCGUGAAGACCAUCAUACACAAAGUCAAACAACAAACGGCAAGCGGACCCAACCUACCGCCCGGAAGUGGUUCCCUCUGGUAG